AUGGGGGAGACGGGCAGAGAAGAGUAUAAAAUACAGUCGUUCGACACGGAGACUCAGAAGCUGCUGAAAACGGCCCUCAAAGACCCCAGCAACGUGGACCUGGAGAAAGUGGCCAAUAUUAUAGUGGACCAGUCCCUCAAAGACUGCGUGUUCAGCAAGGAGGCAGGGCGCAUCUGCUACACCAUCAUCCAGGUGAACAACAUGCCCAUGAUGGCUCUGGUGAAUCCCGUUUACGACUGCCUGUUCCGGCUGGCGCAGCCCCUGCGCUCUGGCCCCUCAGCCGGCUUUUCUCUUCUGGCGCUUGCCCCGUGCCGUGGCUGCAUCUGGACGAGCAGCCGGCGAGCACAGACAGUUGCAACUUUCCUGCCUCUCUGGGCAACCACAGGAGGGCAGCGAGCCACCUUCAUCUGCAACAUCUUCGACUACCUGAGGGUGAACAACAUGCCCAUGAUGGCUCUGGUGAAUCCCGUUUACGACUGCCUGUUCCGGCUGGCGCAGCCCGACAGCCUGCGGAAGGAGGAAGAGGUGGACUGCCUGGUCCUGCAGCUCCAUCGCAUCGGCGAGCAGCUGGAGAAGAUGAACUCCCCGCGGAUGGAUGAGCUCUUCUCCCUCCUCCGAGAUGGCUUCCUCCUGCAGGAGGGGCUCAGCUCCCUGUCCCAGCUCCUGCUGCUGGAGAUCAUCGAGUUUCGGGCUGCCGACUGGAAGAUGACGGACGCUGCCCAGAAAUACUAUUACAGCGAAGUGACAGAUUGA